UCAUCAGUCAUUUGGUUUUGCAUGGAAUCAAAACAGCUGUUUAAAUAGGGGAAAUUUUCAUUAACUGGAAAAUAUGCGGCUUCCAUGGAAUUUAGUAUCAUCAUUUUUUCGCAAAGUACUUCAACAAAAUACGAGUAUUAAAUCAACAUCUAAAACAAUGGCUGAAGUAAGUGCUCUUAGUAAUUCGGAAGCAAAUGAAUUAUGCAAGCCGGCAGAUCCAUCAACAAAGGACUUCAUAUUCCAACAAACCAUGUACCGUAUCAAAGAUCCUCGCAAGUCCUUGCCAUUUUAUACAGAAGUUCUUGGCAUGACUCUGCUUCAAAAACUUGACUUUCCUGAUGCAAAAUUUACUUUAUAUUUCAUGGGAUAUGAAGACCCUGCCGACGUUCCAACUGAUAACAAGAAACGAACACAGUGGGCAAUGAGUCGGAAAGCAACUUUAGAGCUAACUCACAACUGGGGAACAGAGAGUAACCCAGAUAUUAAGUAUGAAGGAAGUUCUGAACCCAGAGGAUAUGGAAAUAUUGCUUUGAGUGUUCCCGAUGUGUAUGCUGCUUGCAAGAGGUUUGAAGAGCAAGGUGUUGAGUUUUCAAAGAAACCCGAAGAAGGUCGCAUGAAGGGUAUUGCAUUCAUCAAAGAUCCUGAUGGUUACAAAAUUGAGAUUUUCAAUCCUAAUCAUUGAUUUAUGUAUGUUACUGAAAGUUAUGUAAUCAUUGGCCAAUAUGUGACUUUGUUCAUGUUUAUUUUAUUUGUUUAUACUUAUUAUAUUUUUUGAAAUAAAGUUUUAAAUAAAAAUGUGCUUUUAAAAAACUAA